GUGAUUUUUUUUCUUUCUGAUUCCUCUUGACUUUACGUAAAGGACCGGAGAAGAUAUGCAUUUCAACAAUAAAAUCACAUAAUAAACGCAUUCACAACCCAAGCCUGACCCAAUGGCUUUGGUCACGGUCGUAUCACCAUUACCCAAAUCCAAAAUCUCCCCAGUUAUGCCUAGAGAAGCAGGUGUGGUGGGGGAGCGGAAGAGGACUUUGUUUAGGAGAAGAGAACGGAACAGAUUGGAUAUUGGAACAACUUGCGUGGUUUUUGCAGUGCAUUAUCUGUGUCUUUUUGCGCCGUUUCAAUUCAAUUGGAGUGCGUUUUGGGUCGCUUUUGCGCUCUAUGUGAUAACAGGGCUUCUGGGUAUUACUCUUUGUUUUCAUAGAAAUCUUGCACACAAGAGUUUCAAGCUCCCCAAAUGGCUCGAGUACUCGUUUGCAUAUUGUGGACUUCAAGCAUUUCAGGGGAGUCCAAUGGAUUGGGUGAGCGUUCAUAGGGCCCACCACCAGUUUGGUGAUUCUGAGAGAGACCCACAUAGUCCAAUUGAAGGCUUUUGGUAUAGUCACAUGAUUUGGCUCUUGUAUAGAAAAUCUAUCACUAAAAGGUUUGGAGAGAAUAACAAUGUUGGGGACAUGAAAAAGCAGCCAUUCUAUAGGUUUAUGCAAAGAACCUAUAAUUUACAUGCAAUUGCAUUAGGUGUUUUGCUUUAUGCAUUGGGAGGAUUUCCCUUCCUUGUGUGGGGAAUGGGAGUGAGAAUUGUUUGGUUGUGGCACAUAACUUGGAUGGUAAACUCUGUUUGCCAUAUAUGGGGAAAGCAAGCAUGGAAAACUGGCGAUUUGUCCCGGAACAAUUGGUUGGUGGCAGUGCUUGCAUUUGGAGAGGGUUGGCAUAAUAACCAUCACGCCUUUGAGUACUCUGCUCGACACGGCCUCGAAUGGUGGCAACUUGACCUGACUUGGUUUGUGGUUAGGCUUCUUCAAGCUGCGGGAUUGGCCACUGAAUUGAAGCUGCCUUCUGAAAUGCAAAAACAGAAGAUGGCCUUCAACCAUUGAAGAACUAUCAAGUACUCUAGUGUUGCUAAUAAAAUAUGACACAGUUAUACAUCCCUUAAUGAAAAUAAUUGUUCCGAACAUUCAUGUCCCUGUCCUGCCAUACACUUUAAACAGCGCAUGUAUGUGGGUUACUGGGUCUGUGUAUGUAUGGG